GUUUACAUUAGAUGUUCUUGGAAAAGUUGGCUUUGGUUUUGACUUUAAUAAUCUUGGUGAUCCGAAUAAUGUCUACGUAACAGCAUAUAAUGAUGUUCAAAAAGCCAUUAUGAAUCCAUUGUUGUUUGAUGACAUUAUUAAAGAGAAACAUAAAGCAUUAGCUGCUGGAAAGUCUCAAGGAGAUCUUUUGGAACUUAUGAAUGUCCAAGAAAAAGCUCGAGAAGAAGUAUUGAGAAUACUUGGAAACAAUUUAAUUCUAUCAGCAGAGCAACAUAAAUCAUUAAAAUAUUUAAAUAUGAUUAUUUUAGAAAACCUUAGAUUAUAUCUACCAAUCAGUAUAAGUUUACAUUUAGUUCCAUCUUUGAUACCUCGUACAUUAACUGAAGACCUAAAAAUUAAGGAUUUUGUAAUUCCGGCUGUCACAGCUGUUGAACUAUUCUUAUAUGGAAUCCACCAUUCACCAAAAAUUUGGAAUAAUCCUGAAGAAUUUUUGCCUGAGAGAUUUGAAAAUGAACACAAGAACAGUGAAAAUUAUUCUUGGUUAGCUUUUAGUGAUGGAUCCAGAAUGUGUUUAGGAAAUAAUUUUUCUCUUAUUGAACAAAGAAUUGUGUUAUGUUUAUUAUUGCGCAAAUAUAAAAUUUCAUUAGCCCCGAAUAGUAUACAUAAAGAUAGAUUAAAGACUCAGUUUCGAAUGAUGCCAUAUUCAAUUGAACUUAUACUUAAAAGAAGAGAUUAA